AAUCCGGAGCCAGUCGGGCUCUGGGUGGUCGGUAACGCGAGUGUGGUGUGUGCGCGCGCGAACGAUAGACGCCAACGUGCGAGGAGCGUGCGUGUCGUGAGGAGCAGCUGCACCGUGGUGUCAUGACGUUCGCGUGAAUCGCGGUCAACGCGUCCAGGUAGAGUCAGCAGUGUCCGAGUGCCUCAAGAACAUGGCGCGCGAUUCCCGGCGCGCCGAUCCGCGACGCGUCGUCGCCGUCAACGGUGGCGAUGGUGGUGACGGCGGCGGCGGCGGCGACGGCGACGGCGGUGCAACGGUGAAGUGCAAACUGGAGCUGAUCCUUCUGACGCUGCUGCUGACGAUUAUCAUCCCUGCCACGUACGCCGAGAAUCAAGGUCCGUCCUCAGAUUUUAGCAGACACACUCUGGUGAGGCCGCGAGUGUAUCACAGCAGAACAAAAAGGCAGAUCUCUUCAACCAAAGAAAAUGACCAUGAGCAUGCGGACGUGCUGACGGUGGGUUUCAAUGUGGACGGUGUUGAACGUGUUCUCGACCUUCGACUGAACACCGAUUUAAUUCCAGUUGGCUAUCAGCAACUUCACCAACAUCGCGGCACGUACAAAGUGCACACCCCGUCGAAAGUUGAACUCUGUCAUUAUCAAGGUAGCGUUCGAGAUAUUCCUAGCUCGUGGGUGGCGUUAUCCACUUGCAGAGGAUUACGCGGUGUCAUCUUCGAUGGUGAGAAUCUUCAUUACAUUCAUCCAGAAGAUGAGAAUUUGGAUUCCACGCAUUACCUUUACAAACACAGCGAUCUCACUGCCAACAAUACAUGUGGUUACGAAGACACGCCGUUGCAUGUUCUCCCUGAUCGUCGCGAGAUUAAAAGGUCCUCCAGGCACAAAAGAGCGGCUGAAAUUAUUCGUGGACCUUAUAACGCGAAUAGACAGUCACGUUACGUGGAAUUGGUACUCGUAAUCGACAAGAAGGAAUACACCGCGCUCGACGAAAACCUGGAUAAAGUGUAUCAGCAUUGUAAGGACAUCGCCAACAUUAUUAACGCACUAUACAUGCCACUGAAUAUAUUCAUUGCCCUAAUCGGUGUGCAAGUAUGGUCCGAAUCAGACGAGAUAGCACUCUCGCCGAAUGGCGACACCACACUGUCGAAUUUCCUACGCUACCGCAGAGAGAAGCUGAUUCAGGAUAUUCCUAACGAUAACGCCCAACUGUUGACGCGAAUUACCUUCGAGGGCGGUGUAGUUGGCAAAGCUCUCAAGGGGCCGAUAUGCACCUUUGAAUUUUCUGGCGGCGUCUCCAUGGAUCACUCGAACGUCGUUGGUUUGGUCGCGGCCACUGUUGCUCAUGAAAUGGGUCACAAUUUUGGCAUGGAACACGACGGACCAGAUUGCGGCUGUCCUGAAGAGAAAUGCAUAAUGGCAUCGUCCAGUGGUUCAUCUGGACCAACGCACUGGUCCACGUGUUCGUUAGAACAUCUAGCUCUAGCCUUUGAACAUGGAAUGGAUUACUGCUUGAGGAACAAGCCGCAGAAACUUUUUGAUAGUCCUAUAUGCGGUAAUGGAUUCGUUGAACCAGGCGAGCAAUGUGAUUGCGGUUUAAAAGAACACUGCGACAAUCCUUGCUGCAAUGUGACCACUUGUAUGUUGCACAGUAACGCGAGUUGCGCGACCGGCGAAUGUUGCGAUUUGAAGACUUGUAGACCGAAGACCGCAGGCACGGAAUGCCGAACUGUUGAACAUGAGUGCGAUUUGCCGGAAUAUUGCACCGGUCAAAGCGAAUAUUGUCCAGCAGAUGUGUUUAAGAUAAACGGCGAGACUUGUAAUGGUGGCAAGGCCUUCUGCUAUGGCGGUAUGUGCAGGACUCACGACGAUCAGUGCAAACUAUUGUGGGGCCCCACUGGUACAUCCUCUGACGCGCAAUGUUACGAGAUGAACAACAAGGGCACAAAAAAUGGUAACUGCGGUUAUAAUCGCAUCGAGUCAAGUUUCAUCAGGUGUAACAAUGAAAAUCUCUUCUGCGGUAUGCUGCACUGUAAACACUUGAACGAACGACUAGAAUUUGGUAUGGAAUCAGUCGCAACCUUAAGUCAUUCGUUUAUCAAUAAUGGUGGAAAAAUAAUUCCGUGUCGUUCGGCCAUCGUCGAUCUUGGAUUGACUCAAGUGGAUCCUGGUCUCACACCGGACGGCGCCAAGUGUGGACCCGGAAAGAUGUGUGUAAAUCAGAAGUGUAUGUCAGUGGCGGAUCUAAAAGCGUCCGUGUCCGACGGUAAAGCUUGCCCGAAUAAUUGCAAUGAUAACGGAGUGUGUAACAAUCUUGGUCAUUGCCAUUGUAAUCGUGGUUUUCGACCACCUGAUUGCCUUCAAAUUGGAGUUGGUGGUUCUGAAGAUAGCGGUCCAGCCGAAGAUCCCAACGGGAAAAACGAUUUCAUAACUGCGAUUUACGUUAUCUUCUUGGGAGUGUUGCCCGCCAUAGCUCUGUUCCUAUUAUGCAUCUGGUACGUCAGGAAUUCCGGGCAGCACUGGAAGAAGGAUGUGAUGUCUACGACCGAUCGUGGCCACAAUGGAUUGUUAAUCAAAACGAUCGAUCGUUCCAGCCCCAUGUCCCGUAACAUCGAAACGAUCGAUUCUAGUCUGAGUCAAGAUCCCGCGUGCGUGAGUUUGCUGUCUAAGGCAGAGGCUGACGAGCGAUACAACAACAAUAUGUUUGGUCAGUUUAAAGGCUUCACGAUUACACCGAUCCACUCGAAUCAAUCUAAAUUGGCUGAGCCCACGAAACCGGCUCCACCUCCACCGGGAUGGAUGCCUACUGUGGCAAUAAAAACAAACAUGGCUAAACCGAAUGUGCAAAAGUGCAGUGUGCCACCAAGAAGCAAUCUGUUGGGUUCUAAUGAUCCUGCACCAAUGUUACCGCCGCUAAAUCCAGGUUCUACGGCACGACCGUUGAUCAGUAGUCCCGUAUUAGCGGCCACAACCUGUACAUCCGUCGAAUUAGUAGUUAAGGUACCCACUAGACCUGCCCCGAACGUACCUAUGCGUCCAGCUCCGCCACCGCCCACUUCCGCGUCUUUUACAAAGCCGCAGAGACCUAACAGCACGCCCUUGAUAAAUGUAAUACUGCCAGAACCCGAGAAGAAGUUGGAAAAGGGCAGCACGCUUAACCGAAUUGCGUCGAUAUUGCGUCCUGGCUCCGGUAUUAUGAGAAGCAAUUCCCAGAGCUCGCCGAGGGAUGACAAGAACACUAAUUCUUUACCGAGGAGCCAGCAUCACAAGGCCAACAAAGUUAUCGACAAAGAGAUCCUGAGGAACCUCGAAAUCUCUAAUCCGAUACCGCAGACGGAGAUCGAGAUCGCGACACCAGUAAUCCCAGUGAUACCGGUGGCCGAAGUCGAGAAGAGAAACGUGGUCCUGCGCGCUCAAUCAAUGAGAGACAGCAAAGUUACGUCAAGACCAUUUGUCCAAACAUUUGGCUCGAUGCGUCAGACGACACCCGUUAAGAGGCCCACCAGUAUACCUGCCAGCACGAGACCUACGUCACCACCGCCGGGUCCACCGAACAUUGCACAAACGGAAAAAGCCGCCGAGAAUACGAUAAAGAUUCCAGGAUUGCCGGGUUAUCAGAAUCCGCCGGCGAAAACUGUUCAAAAACCAUUAGAGAACACCUAUGACGACUGCAUGAAUUUGAUCACAGAAUCAUCUCUGACGAAGAUCACGGAGGAAUCGCCUACGAUCGAUAAUAUCUAUGCAGUGAUAGAGGAACCUGUGCCGGAGAAGAAUAAGAAGAACAUGGAAUUGGAGGUAAUGCCGAUUGAUAACGAGUAUAAACUGCCAAAACGUAUCGAUACCAUACCCGGUGGCCCGAACAGCCUGGAAUCAAUGGGUUUACUGUCAGAGAUUGUAUCGGAGAUAUCGAAUCGUAAUUUCAAUUCUAUAUAUUCCACUUCGACAUUAACCAGGAAGAAGAAAGAGGAUAGUGAGGAAGAUGCAACGAAAAAUUUGGAAAAUAUGGGAUCCAAUAACUCUCUGGGUGGCUACAUGAAUUCGAAUCACUACAAAAUACCUGGUGGAAUUUAUUCAAACUCAACAUCUGGUAAAUUUAACUCUUCGAGUUCCACCACCAGUUCUGGCUAUCUUCAUCCAUCCAUGAUAAAUGUUCCACAAGUGGAAAAGAAAGAGGCGAGCAACAAUAUUUCUGAUGCAAAUGACAAUUUAAAAUCAGUCAAUAGUAAUCUAAACACUCUUAAAUCUAAUAAUCCUAAUAUAAACGACGAGCUGUCCAAAGAACUCGGCAUAAAGCCAUCUGAAAAUUCUAUAGGGUAUAAGCCGUUCGCUUCAACGAAGACUCGAUCAUCUCAUUUGAUACAUAUCAAGAAGGACGAUCAAACUGAGAACAAGAUUCCGGCAAAAUCGCCAUUAAAUAGGACUAAAACGCCUCCAAAUAUCGCGAAAAGCCCGACUUCCAAAGAUAUACCUGAGUCGAGCGUAAAACUUGCGAGACAAAGUUCAGAUAAUACAUUAAAAUCCUCGAAAUUCUCGAAAGCUUCCAACACAAGUUCAACAACGAUGAAACAGAGCUCGGAUGCGAAUUCAAUUGCGAGACAAACACAAACAAACGUAAGCAAAUCAAGUAGCGACUUAGAUAAAGAAGAAUCACAUACAACCGUAUCUGUUAAAAAUGUGCCUUAUAGUUCUAAGGAUAAUCUGGAAAAGUUCAAUAGCCCGGAUCUGGUCUCGAGUUGCUCGAAUUCUAAUCAAGGUGGAACAAAAUCGCCAGAUGUUGUGGGUAGCAAUCCUAAGUUUAAUCUCUCUCUUAAAACUGUUCAAAAGACUCCCACACUAUCAAGAAGUGGCCAGAAAACGCCCACAACGCUGUUGAAACCACUCAACAUUACAUCCAAAACAGCUAGUCUCUCGGAAAGAAAGAAGUCUCCAACUGGCAACGCAAGUGUGACUAAAUCACUAUCACCGUCUGCCAAGGAGGCAAAUAAUGACAGUACUAAGCCAUCGCAUUUGACACCGAAGGUAUUUGCUAAAACAGAAAUCAAGAGCGGGGAUACAGGUACGGCAACGAGGACGAAUCCAUUACAAAGAGUGGCGAGCGGUAAAUCCAAUGUGGCAUCGCUCCAGCAAAAGUUCGAAGCUAAUAAGAAUAGUUUUGGUGUCGCGAGGACUAUAUCGAGUGCGAAUAAUAAAAAACCGGUGGCACGAAUGACGGAAGUUAGCGACGGCGGAUUGAGGAAAUGAGCGAUCACCUGGAAGAGUGUGGCAGCUCGGCAUUUCCAAUGCUCGGACGUGCUUGACGGGAAAAACAUUAGAGAAAAAUCUAUACUUGAAACAUUCUAGUCCGUCACAUUGAAUCGU